GGCAGAUUUUUCCCCAACUUCAGCAAAUAAGCUUUAGAGCUCGAGACCAUGGAACUCGCUACACAAAAUACUAGUCACAUUCAAGCUUAAAUUGUUACGCUUACACAUUUCUGAAAGUUGACUCACAAAUCGUGGAAGUAUGCCGACGGGCUAUCUCCUAUUUGAAAGGGUAUUCUCAAACUCAUUAAUAAUUCAUUAAGAAAAUACAAAGGAAAUUAAUGUUUAAUGAGUGUUUGGAAAUCGAAUGAAACACUGCUUAGUAUUUGCAUCCUUAAUUUCUCCUUCAAAAAUGAUUUUGUUUGAGAAGAAAUAUCAAACAUUCGACACAGUGUUUCAUCACCAGAUGAAACACCUCGAAGUUCGUCAAAAAUACUCCGCUGCGCGUCGUAUUUUCAACUCUCUUCUCGGUGUUUCAUCUGUGAUGAAACACUGCAUCUCAUGUUUGAUAUAUUACUUCUUACCCAAAGCGCGGCGCCCUUUACUGUAAGAACUUAUUCAGAAACCUACGGCAAAUAUAGUUAGCAAUACAAGAAGAACGACUUUUAUUAUCCUGAGUGCUAGCUGAUAUUAAAGAAUUUCUAUUCAUCAAACUUACUUAGUAUUUGUCCCUUCUGGAGCCCCUUUCAGACCCCUUUCAGGACCCCCUUCUGGACCCCUCAUUUUAUUUUUAAAUAAAGAAAUUAAAAAUUAAUGAAAAAAUAAGCAAGCAAGCAAUUAACAUAUAAUACGGUCCCGUGCCAUCAUUGUUUCUUAAACAUUUUACCAUGAAACUCGAAAGGUGACCGCAGGAAGUGCUUCUCAGAUUCAAAUUAAUUUUCUAAGGCUGACAAAAGACUAUAUUGCUAGUAUCCCCAAAACUUUGCGCAAUGACUGCUUGCGACUUUGUUUGCGAAGGCUACGACUUCUACCACAGGCGGCCCAGACGUAGUCAGUGUGUCACUGAAUGAAUAUAUUAAUAUUCACAUGGACAAAUUACGUAAUGCGAUGAGUCGUCGAAACUCCAGUGAACUAGAAUAGUCCCAAAAUCAAAAUAUAAGAAAAUAAAGCUAAGAUACCUUUAACUGAACGUAUCCUUGUAUUUCCUGGCCGGUUAAAGUGGCAUUUUGUUGAGUUUUGCAAUUGUAGGUACUAUCCACUAAAGAAGAAUUAAAGGCUGGCUACAAAGCAAACGGACCAUCUCCACGUGCCUUCACGCGAAACGCUAUAAAUUGGAGAAUAAUCAACGAAUCCGCUCCAAAUUGCCAUCGGCUAAUCUGCAGGUAACGUGUGCUCCGGUUCCUUGCUCGCUUGCUCCACAAAACCCAUCGCAACUGCACAAGAAUCGCUCGCUCAUCAACAAACACUGUUGACCUUUACGCUUCGAUAUGACCGCGAACUACCAGGUAUAAUAUACGCGACGUGACUAUUCAAGCUUAGCGACCGCGUCCGCGCGACAAUGCAACACUUUCAAUGGGAGGGAUGGUACUAUUGCUUCUAGGUCAAUCAACACUGAGCGAGGGUUCGCUGCGUUAGUUUUGACCAGAAAACAAAAGGCGAUCGCGCGACCGUCCGUUUGUUUUCAACAGGGCGGCCCUGGUUUUCAAGCUCGAAUUCUUCCAACGUUCGCUGUCACAGCUGCUGUCACAUUGUUCGUCCAUCCGCUUGCAUAGGUUCUUGACUCUACUAGACCUAUUUGCUUAGAUUAAUUUAAAUAAACAGUUCUUUCCAGAACUACGUUUUAUUCUACAGUAUGUUGUCCAAACUGGUGAGGGAGGACGAGGUUUUCCCGCCAGGACAAAGGCAAAAUCUGGCGUCGGCUAUGCAACUGAAUAGAAGAUACAGCUGAAGAUAUGGUAAAGUAAAAUUUAUGUGCGCGAUAUCUUUUUUUAUUAUCAUUAUUUUCAAAACUCAGGGGCACCCAACGACGAUUUCCCCCUAACUGCAUUGAAAACACAUUUAAGGCUGUCCAGAGUACUUUCAAAUGCAUUCUAAGCGGCGCUAAUAUGUAUAUUUAGUCAGGAGGGCUAAAAGCUAAGCUCUUGAUAAUAUUUAUAGUUUGCUCAUACUAAACAUAAAAUCGUGUAGUGCUAAGCGGAGAAGGCAACGAGACAGGGGCACCUAAAGACAGUUUCCUCGAAUACAUUGAAAACACUUUUUAGCUAUUCAUAAAGUACUUUUAGCUCUAUAGAAAUGCAUUCUAAGUGGCGUUAUCAAAUUUGUUCAGUGUUCGGCCAUUCUAGGGGAACUUGAGUCUUUUCGAAAUUACGGGAAAUUCAGAGUUAUUUUCCCGAAAAUGUUAGAUGCAAUUUAACGUCUUACGAAGGAGAUAAUUUCUCAGAUUCCUUCUUUCAUCACAUUUUUGAAUCCAAAAAUUUUCUGGGUUCCUUUUUACUCGCUGCGAAAAAUAGCCAACCCGGGGAGUGAAAUGUGAAAAAUUAAACUUCAGAAAAUCGUAGGGAAUUUAUUCGCAAGAUUAGAUGAGCUUCGAAAAUUGUACAUGAAUGGAAUGGUCAUCUAGAAAUUUUUAGCCAAGUAAAAGAAAAUUCUAGGCGAAAUUUGCUUCUCCGAACAGAUAUUUUACAGAAAACAGUCGUUGAAUGCCCUUGACCAGAGCUGUGAAAAAAACAACAAUAGGUCUAAUUGUAGCACACUUUCUCUUGUACAUUUCCUUGCCGUUGAUUUGCAUGACUGCAACGUGAAUCGUCCAGAAAACUUCCUCGUUUUCACUUGUUCACUUGUACAUGUUCUUGUUUACGUUUUCACAGCCACUUAUUUCUCUUUAUAGCUCCGCUAUAAAAUUCCUAUCUGUUCGGGGAUCCUAGGGCAAAUUGGAUCUUUUUAAAAAUUACGAGGGCUUCAAUAUUAUUUUCCCGAUUGAUUAAACUAGAAGCAAUAGCACCAUCCCUCCCAUUGAAAGUGUUGCAUUGUCGCGCGGACGCGGUCGCUAAGCUUGAAUAGUCACGUCGCGUAUUAUACCUGGUAGUUCGCGGUCAUAUCGAAGCGUAAAGGUCAACAGUGUUUGUUGAUGAGCGAGCGAUUCUUGUGCAGUUGCGAUGGGUUUUGUGGAGCAAGCGAGCAAGGAACAGGAGCACACUUUACCUGCAGAUUAGCCGAUGGCAAUUUGGAGCGGAUUCGUUGAUUAUUCUCCAAUUUAUAGCGCUUCGCGUGAAGGCGCGUGGAGAUGGUCCGUUUGUUUUGUAGCCAGCCUUUAAUUCUUCUUUAGUGGAUAGUACCUACAAUUUGCAAAACUCAACAAAAUGCCACUUUAACCGGCCAGGAAAUACAAGGAUACGUUCAGUUAAAGGUAUCUUAGCUUUAUUUUCUUAUAUUUUGAUUUUGGGACUAUUCUAGUUCACUGGAGUUUCGACGACUCAUCGCAUUACGUAAUUUGUCCAUGUGAAUAUUAAUAUAUUCAUUCAGUGACACACUGACUACGUCUGGGCCGCCUGUGGGUUUUACCGCUUACCGAUACCAACAAAGUCACAUAACACUACGUAUAUUGACAGAAUUCUAGAUUUGUUCCUUUAAGUGCUAUUUUGACCUUUUUUCCGCACUUUGCGAACUUAUUGAAAUAACUAGAAAACUUACAAUGCAGUUUAUAGAUGGUUUUCUUUCUAAAUUAGAGGUUGCCGUUUACUUUUACAUUAAUAAAACAAUAUUUUUUUCUAUUUGUUAUGCGCAUUAUGAGCCUAUCCAAAACCUCAAGUUUUCAUUAUUUUUAAGUUCGCCAUGUAAAUUUGUUUUGAACAAUUUUAAAGGCCAAUCUUUCGAAUUUUAAGCCCUAGUGACAAUUUGAAUAGUUCAAAGAGAAGAAAUGUAAUUUUUUAACAGCCAUUUGUUUCACAAGAGGGGAGGAUCAAUAUGCUCGAAUUUCACAUCUAAUAUCACAGGUGACGAAUUACUCCUUAAUUUUGGCGCGAAAUUUCAGCGUUAAUUUGUAAUUUCACAAGUGAAAUUACUAAAUUGCCAUGCAACCUGCCGUACGUCUCAGUGUCAAGAUGGCGACGAAGUUUUAAAAUGUCAUGAAUGAAGAUGUCAGGGCAUAAAAAGACGCUUUAGAAAUCUGAACACACGAAAGAGCACAUCAAGAAGGAUUCUUAGAGAUAUGUUGUCGAAAAUUUCCGAAAACUUAAACGUUUGAGAGAGUGGAGUUCACGAUCGAUCAAUGCGAUCCAGGAUAAACAAGUCAAAAAUCCUCGAUUGCUAAGGUAAUUCGUCACCCAUGAUAUUAAUAGGUAAUCAAAUGACAUACUCGUGAAAUUAGGGAAUAAUUUCACUCGUCUCCAUUUGAUUACACAUACAAAUACUUCCUAUAGAAAUUAACCCUUUUCAACCAGGUUUUGAGCUCAAAGUUUGCAAGAUGGGACCACCUUGUAUUGUUCCAUUCAACAGCAAAUUGUUGUUGCUCGAAAUAUCAAUUAGUCGUGUCAGUAGUAUGCCUAAAAUGUAUUUUUCAGCCUCAUUUAAAACUAAUUAUUUAAUUAAUUCAAAAUAUUUCCCCGUUUCUGAUUGGUUAAAACCAAGAGACUAUAAAGGGGACAGAGAGGGCAUCCCCCAUAUACACUCUAUUCCAUAGGUAAUUCGUCUCGAGUUAUUUUUAGAACCGCAGAUCCCAAGGGGGAUUGGACAACAGCCAAUCACAUAGCGCGAAUGUAUUCCGCGUGGACGACCCACGCUAGAGCCACGCGUCCUCCACGAAUUGACGCGGAACAAAAUGGGGGAAGACGCGGAGAGCGAUUUUGCUAUUCCUUUUGUCGACGAAAACGAUUACAGCGAGAUUUCUGCGAAAGCUGUGUCAGCGAAACGGAAAUUUAAAAAAAAUCGCCCCUCCUCUCUUGUAUAGAGCUAACAGUACAGCAGGGAAAUCUUUAACACACUGAAUAUUCACUCAGGAUCAUUUAUAAUUUACAGUUUGAAGAGAGCAAUUUCUGGUUUGAUAUUUAUUCCUUUUUUAGUCUUUUAUUAUUCAACAAAAAUAACACUUGGCGUCCUACUUGCCUUAUUAGGGACUUUAAGAUCCA